AUGGGGAAUCUAUUUGGAAAAAAGAAGCAGAGUCGAGUGACGGAACAAGACAAGGCCGUUUUGCAACUCAAACAGCAACGAGAUAAACUUAGGCUGUACCAGAAGAAGAUCGGCCUACAGCUGGAAAAGGAACGGCUUUUAGCCAAGCAGCUGCUGAAAAAUGGCAGGAAAGACAAAGCACUGCUGCUGCUGAAGAAGAAGCGUUACCAGGAACAACUUCUGGACAAGACGGACAACCAGAUCAGCAACCUGGAACGCAUGGUUGAUGACCUGGAGUUCGCACAGAUCGAGAAGAAAGUCAUCGACGGUCUCCGAGUCGGAAACCAGUGCCUGAAGAAAAUGCACGAGGUGAUGUCCAUCGAAGAAGUGGAGCGCAUCUUGGAUGAGACGCAGGAUGCCGUCGAAUACCAAAGGCAAAUCGACGAGAUGUUGUCAGGUUCAUUGUCGCAAGAAGAUGAAGAAGCUGUGCUGGCCGAGCUGGAGGCCAUCACUCAGGGCGACGUCCAGCUUCCCGACGUCCCUUCGGAGGAACUUCCCGAAGUUCCCGAAGCCGGCGAGGAGAAAGCAGAGCGAGAACGUCCAAGGAAGAAGGCGGAGCUGCUGGCCGUGUGA